ACGCGCAGUUGUGUCAUCACGUCUGGUGGGUGCCAGCGUCGCUGCUGAUGAGAAACUUGGUGGAAGCCACAACAACAAUAACAACAGUACGGGGACUAAUGAGGCUGUAGUGGGAGGAAACGCUCAGCGCGACCCGACCUGGACUUUUUCAGCAUUUUUGAGGCUCGCCUCGCUUCGGACGGAUGUCGUAGGACGGAUUAAGGCGCGAUUAUGGUGGUGAACUCCGUGCACUGGUUUCGAAAAGGGCUGCGGCUCCACGAUAAUCCGGCUUUGCAGGAAGCGCUGAACGGCGCCGACACUGUGCGCUGCGUUUACAUUCUGGAUCCGUGGUUCGCCGGUUCGGCCAACGUUGGGGUGAACCGAUGGAGGUUUUUGCUGGAGUCAUUAGAGGAUCUGGACACGUGUUUAAGGAAACUCAACUCGAGGCUGUUCGUGGUGCGAGGGCAGCCCGCAGAUGUGUUUCCCAGGCUGUUCAAGGAGUGGAAUGUGACCCGGUUGACCUUUGAGUAUGACCCAGAGCCGUACGGAAAGGAUCGAGAUGGGGCCAUCGUUAAGAUCGCUCAGGAGUUCGGUGUGGAGACGAUAGUGAGGAACUCUCACACGCUCUACAGUCCAGACAGGAUCAUCGAGAUGAACAGUAACAGCCCUCCACUCACCUUCAAACGCUUUCAGGCCAUAGUGAACCGGCUGGAGCUUCCGAAGAAGCCGUUGCCCACAAUCACACAGGAGCAGAUGGCCAGCUGCCGGACGCAAAUCGCUGACAAUCAUGAUGAGCAUUACAGCGUGCCCUCACUGGAGGAGCUGGGGUUUAAGAAUCAGGGAGACGUCACACCAGUAUGGAAGGGAGGUGAAACGGAGGCUCUGGAGAGACUUAAUAAACACCUGGACAGAAAGGCCUGGGUUGCGAGUUUUGAGCGGCCUCGAAUAAAUGCCCACUCGCUGUUCGCUAACCCCACCGGUCUGAGUCCGUACCUUUGUUUCGGCUGCCUGUCGAGUCGAGUGUUCUACUACCACCUGCGAGAGCUCUACAUGAAGCUGCGCCGAAAAUCCAGCCCCCCUCUCUCGCUCUUCGGGCAGCUGUUAUGGCGGGAGUUCUUCUACACGGCGGCCACCAACAACCCCAACUUCGACCGCAUGGAGGGGAACCCCAUCUGCGUGCAGAUUCCCUGGGACCACAACCCUGAGGCGCUGGCUAAGUGGGCAGAGGGUCGCACGGGCUUCCCCUGGAUCGACGCCAUCAUGACCCAGCUGAGGCAGGAGGGCUGGAUCCAUCACCUGGCGCGGCACGCCGUGGCCUGCUUCCUCACCCGCGGUGACCUGUGGAUCAGCUGGGAGAGCGGCACGAAGGUGUUUGAGGAGCUGUUGCUGGACGCCGACUGGAGUGUGAAUGCCGGCAGCUGGAUGUGGCUCUCAUGCAGCGCCUUCUUCCAGCAGUUCUUCCACUGCUACUGCCCAGUGGGCUUCGGCCGCCGCACCGACCCCAGCGGGGACUACAUACGGAGAUACAUCCCAAAGCUGAAGGACUAUCCGAACCGCUACAUCUACGAGCCCUGGAACGCGCCAGAGUCUAUUCAGAAGGCGGCCAACUGCGUGGUGGGAGUGGACUACCCCAAACCCAUGAUCAACCACGCCGAGAGCAGCCGCCUCAACAUCGAGAGGAUGAAGCAGGUCUACCAACAGCUCUCCCACUACAGAGGCCUUAGUCUGCUAGCAUCUGUGCCCACCAUACAGGAGGAGGCAGAGCCCCCGCUGUCAGAUGACUCUCAGGCCAGCAGCAGCGGUGUCCCCUCCAGUUCCACCCAAACCCAGCCCCAGUCCCAACAAACCCAAACCCAGCCCCAGCCUCAGCCUCCUGACCCCGACCCCCAGCCUCCAGCAACAGCUUCAGUUCCCCCUGCCCAGAGAAAACGAGGACGGACCCCAGAACCCCGGACCUCGCUGAACCCCAAAGUCCAGCACACCAGCCAGGCCAAAGCAAGCGAACAGCCGCCGCAGACCACCGACAAGCAGUGACCACGCAGGCAGAUGCAGAUAGUAGAGUGGCUACCAGACAUGAACAGAGGGGAAAAAAGAGGAAGCUCGAAACCAUCCAACGUGACCGAAAAUGCGACAGCAGCAGCUAUACAGCCGCUACCCACACAGGAUCAGCAAACAAACUGAUGAAGUGACUGAAAGACUGCAGUUUGUUACCGUUCAGUACGUUAGACAGAGCUACAGCUUCCUUUGGUCUCCUCCCAGCGUCUCUUAGGCUGCUUUUCUAUUUAUUUUCCAGUCUGAAACAGCUGCAAACGUGUCUUCAUGACUUUGAUGCUCAAGAGUUUCUGUGUUCAUCAUAUAUUAGCAUUUCCUCAAAAUACAGCAACUGCUCAGAGCUUUUUAAACAGAUCUGAUUGUCAUUCAGCUUGAGGUGUGAAUCAAUAUUUAUGACCUUUAGUCUGAUUUGACUCGUCCUGCGUAAUCGUUGUCUCAAACUGCAGAUAGGGAGCUUUCGGAAGCUGUCGUGCCGUUUUCUGACACCAAUAAUGUAUGAAGACAUACACAGUAGAAGUCAGUAAAUGCUUGCCGUGUACACAAGCAGCAAAAAAGUUUUUUUUGUUUUUGUUUUUUUAUUCAGUGUUGAGGAAAUAAUAUUUCAGCCUGUUCAUAAGUUUUGUGUCAGUAGCUCUUAAAAAAGAAAACAAAGAAAGACAACCAGCAACACUUCAUAAUAACAGGCCCUGAUAAACAGCAUCUUAAUCGUUAGCUAAUAGUUUUAUAUAAUAGUCAGAUGCAUUAAUAAAUGGUACCAUUUGAAUUUUUAUGCCUUACAGCCGUGUGCGAAGGUUUAGGCACCCCAAGUCAAAUGACGUUUUGUGGAAAUAAAAAAAAAAGUGUAAAUAAGUAAACGCAUCCUUUACAAAGAACACACUUCUGCACAUUUUAAUGCACAGUUUGCUGAAUUUAACAAAAAAAAAACAAGUAUUAAAUGUACCAUAAACUUUGUAUGACACAUUUAGUUUUUUUCCCCUUUAUAAUUUAAAUUCACCAAAUAAACAGUAAUUGUGCAAAAGUGUGUUCUCUGUAGAGCCCAUGUGUCAAACACGAGGCCCGUGGGCCAAUCCUAUUCGGGCCGCAAAAUUAUUUAAAUUUUCUAUUAAUAUUAGCCCAUUUAACCAUGAGCUGCACUACAGUUCCCAGCAUGCACUGCAGCGUAAUGUGUGCUGCCACCCCCUCCCCAACAACGAUCUAUGGGACAGCACCACAGUACAUUGGGGACACUUAAAGAAGUUUAACAGUGAUCUGCAGAUAAUGGAGUCUGUUUUAAAUAAAAGCAAAUUGUUUUAUAUAAAAUUAUUUUUGAAUCGUUCAAGUUAUCCAGUGCCUGUAUUUUUGCCGUUGUAGUUUUGGCAUAUUUUAAAUAAACAGUGGGCAGUUGGGGUCACGGCAAAAUGUAAAAAGUAAAAAUAAAAUCUGGCUCACGGAUUUGUUGAGAUUUUUAAUUUGGCCCUUUUACUGGUUGAGUUUAACACCCUGCUGUAGAGGAAGUGUUCACUUAUUUUCACUUAGAAAACCAACAAAACAUCAUUAGACCAGGGUGCGUAAACUUUUGCAUAAGACUUACGACUGCAUAAUACAUUUAUAAAAUGCAUUUAUAGUACUAACUGUGUCGAUUCGUCAGUGGUGAGUAGUAAUUCAAAUGGUAGCGCUUAUUAAUGCACAGGACGCAAUUCUAGAUUAACUGUCAUUAACAAACUAUUGCAUGAUGACUAUGCUGCUAUUUCUAGGGCCCGUUAUUAUAGUGUUACCACACAACCUGUUGUUUCUCCCCCAAAGCCACUCUGCAGUCUCAACUACUCCAACAGACCGUUCUGAAACACUACCGCACUGCAGUGUCUGUAAACCAUCAUAUACGUUUUCCAGUAAGACUGAAUCUAUUACUGUAUGAUGAUAUUGACCAUUUGUAGGCUGUUUUAGCCCCCAAAGUUAAAAAAAAACAAAAAAAAACCUGUACAUUCCACGCGAACAUGUACUUUCAUGAUAAGUUAAGUUCCCUUGAGCUAAAUGGAAUAGCUUUAUUUAUUUUGUCUUUUUUUGUAUUGUACAAAAGAGUUUAUUUUCAUGGAAGCGCUGCUGGGAUGGCGAGCUGCUCUGUUUGUAGGCAGUAAUUUAUUGAAGCCUCCUCACUGCAUGUUUCUGUCAGCGACAAAGACAAUGUUUCCACGAUAUAUUGCGUCUACAUUGUUUUACUGUAGAUUACAAUAUAUCCAAAUAAAUUUUCUGAACGCAC